AGAACAUUUCUAUGAAAAUAUGUGAAUAAGAUAAAGAUUUAAUAAAUGCUGCAUGAAUCAAUAAUAAAGUAAUUUGCAACGGUUAUCCAACUCAGAACAGGAAGAGAAAGUAACAAUUUAUCCUAUUUCUGUCGAGGUCACUUGAGGGCAAAUACGGAAUGGUGGUUCUCCCGUUUUGGUUGAAAAGAGAAAAAAUGCUUUUCAAUUUUGUUGUUUACUUAUCCUGCAGUUUAUUCCAAAAUGUUACAUUUUACAACUGUUCUCCACGUAUAUACAUCUUUAUCAAAUUUUAUUCUAUUUCACCAUAUCCAAUGUCAGAAGUCUUCCCCAAUUUCACACUGCCUUUCUCGACCAAUACCAUUGUGCUUACGUCAGCGGCAUUAACCAACGCAAAUUGUCACAUACCAAUUACCAUAUCCAAACGUACCAAUCUUGUUGUCAUCAUGCUAACGUGCAUGUUGUGUUUUAAUCUCGGGCAGCGAAAGAUCACAGGAAGGACCACGGAUCCCUACUAACGUCCUCACUCUUAUCUCUGUCACACGGAACAGCCAGACAAACAGUCGUCAGAAAGACAGUCAGACGAACAGACAGCCUGACAAUAAAGAUGGAAACUGGGAGCGGUAACGAGAAGAUGGUGAUCCGAGCCUGUAAACAGCUGCAGGAGAAGCUGAACGGGAAGAGUACCUGCUACAAGAGGAACCUGCUGAGGGACGAGAACUUCAUGCAGUGGAAGCUGUACGAGACGAUGACGCACUUCAGCCCGGAGACGAACAUCAUGGUGAACUAUGAACACUCGCUGCUGAACACGGACUGCACGGUGGACCUGGCCAUCGGUGCCACGGACGACCAGACCUUCCCUCCCACCGUCAUCGAGAUCAAGAACGGGAAGCGAGGCGCCCAGCCGAAGAGCGUGCGGUCCAACCUGGCCCGUCUGGCCUUCCUACUGCACAAUAACGGCUGUAACGAGGGCUUCUUCAUCUGGAUGGGAACACGGCUAGCCUUAGAUCUGUUCGACGCCGGAAACAGCUGUGGACUGGACUACGAACAGAAGCUGGUGGUUCGGCCGCGUGACGUGAGCCGGAUCUCCCGCAAAGGGAACUACCCCAUCCCGGCCACCUUCUCCCGCAAGAUCGUCUACAGCUCGUGCGAGGGGGGCGGCAAGUACAACCUGUGCGUCCGCGUCUAUAAGGUGACCGUCCCCGUCGGCGAGGCGAACUACAAGAACCGGAACUUCAGUAAGGGCCAGCUGGCGCCCUUCCUGCAGUCCGCCUACGCAGGGAACACCACCACCUCGCUGGGCUGCGACUUACCUGUCAAGAUGGACCCACUCAUAGCCACGUACUACCGCCGAGCCAGCAUCCCCGACAACUUGGUGAGGAAGAAGCGCGGGUCCAACCCCGACCUGCCGCCCAUCGAACAGGCCACGGAGCAAGCCACCAGGUCCUGGCUGGCCGGCAAGAGAAUGUCGAUCAUCUAGCCUGGAUGUGUCAAUCAAAUAGCACCUGGUGUCAGUCAUCUAGCAUAAAAUUUAAAUCACCUAGCAUUGAUCGUUGAUAAUUUAGCAUGGAAUGUUUGUCAUCUAGCAUAGGGUGUCAAUAAGUAGCAUUGAAUGCCAAUAACCGUCUUGGCUUGCCGGCAAGAGAAUGGCAAUCAUUUAGCCUGAAAGUACUAGUGCCCAUUAAAUAGCAUGAGGUGUCGACCAGUCAUCUAGCGGAAAAUUUGAAUGACCUAGCAUUGAUCAUUAAUCAUCUAGCAUGGAAUAUGAGUAAUCUAGCAUUGGGCAAGAGAGAACGUCAAUCAUCUAGCCUAGGGGUGGCAAUCAAGUAGCACGGCCACGGGGUGUCAGUCAUCUAGCAAAAAUUUGAAUGACGUAGCAUUGAUUAUUAAUCACCUAGCAU